AAAAAAAUUUCACCAUCAACCCAAACCACUAGAAUCGCCAUGAACAAAGAAAAGAAAUCCAAGAACAAAGCAAGGCAGUGCAUUGGAUGGCCAAUGCGAGCUCUUCGAAGCUUCAGGGAUUUCUAUAUCAAAAGCAUUACCCGUUGUGCCGGUAGCGUUCGCUAUGAGGGAGCUGCGUACAAUCCUACAUUAUCCGAAUUUUCUCAUAGCUAUAGUUUUAGUUCGGACAGGAUGAGAGAUGGUGAAAAUGAUCUCGGGGAGCUUGUUCGAGCCGCGAUGAUGGCGAAUGAGUGUUUGGCAAAGAAGGAGAAGAGGGUGAAGAGGAGUCAGAGUGUUGUGAUUGGGAGAAUUGAUGAGGAUGAGGCUUGUGAAUUUGAGGAGGAGGAUGUCAAGGUUGGGUCGAGUCUGUUGGUUCCGAGACGGAGGAGUUUGGAUGUACGGGGUUUGGGUCCGAGACGAAGUGUGGGAUGAAGGAGAGGAUAUUUUUUUUUUUUUUCGGUUCGUGUAUAGAGGAGGUAGGUUUUUGUUCUGUUUUUUAUGUAAAUUUGUUUGAUUGGGUAGAGUAGAAUGAGGAUUUUAUUCAAUAGAUAAAGUUGGGAUUCUGAACUAUGAAAUUUUUUUCUUUUUGUUAAG